AUGGGUAACGAGACACUGAAGUCAGGCGUCAUAGUCGGCCAAGGUCUCAAGGAAUCUGGGAUUGAUCGCGACCAAUUUUCUGGCAUGUUCACCACGUUCUCGAUAGUGGAUUACGAGUCGGACCCGCCAGCAAAGCGUUGGAUCACCUUCGAGACACCCGGACGUCGUCUCAAGGAGGAUGCCCCAUCCGCCACACGUACAUGCGAUGAGGAAGAAUCACAAGAAGAAAUCGUCUUCGGAUAUCUCUGGUGCGCCUUCAAGAAUGCCCCUGGCGACAGAACUCCCGACCGUCUCAGAAUAGUAUUUAGCGCCCUCGAUCCGCGCGACGAGCGUUUCGUGCUCCGCAUUCAAAAUGAGUGGCACAUGAUCUUUCAAUCGCCGCGUGGUUUCUCUGCAGCGCCUGAACAGGGCACGAUAACCUUCGUGGUGGUCGAAGGUGCGUCAGAGGCUCUGGGGAGACCGCGGGACAUCGCCUACCAAUCAAUGCGGCAAACGAUCCUCAAACAAUGCCGCGUUGGUCGGUCGAAGAACAAGGAGAUCCUGAUCCGUCUUAAGUUCGAGCAGCCGAACUUCGUAGGAUACGUGCACGACUACCUGCGUGAGAUGUUUGCGGAAGGGACGCCACUGCGACACUUUCUCCCGGAGGCUAUCGAGCAUUUCCUCGGCGAGAUGCAUUUCGAGAAGGAGCCCUGCACGUACCUUUGCGAGCGUGAUGACGAGGUCGGAUUCAAAAACAUGAAUCACCACCAAGGUAGCGGCGACAGGAUGAAGUGUGUCUACUGCGGUCAUUACCUUGGCGACUAUGUCUCCUACUCCCAGCAUCUCAUGAAGAAUGCGGAAUGUACGGCGGAACACGUAGCGGCCAGGAUGCAAAGACAGAGGUUGGAGGAACUUCAGGAGCAAGACAUCGCAGAGGGAAAAAGGGUCUUCCAGCUAGAGACACCGAUCUUCCAGCCAGAGACCGAAGAAACCAGAGACCACACCGCUCAUUCCCCGCCGAAGAUUGAACUCAAUCAUUAA